AUUGAAUUAGAAUCUAAGCAUAUAGAAAACAAAGAAUUAACAAUAAAUGACAUAUAUACAUUAGUCAAUUCUUUGUUUAAUAAUAUCGAAGAGAAGAAUAGCGAUUCACAAGAUGAUGAAAUUGAUCAACCUACCAUUUUAGAUUCUACUAAUCCUACAACUGAAAAUUUAAAAUUAAAAAUCGAUACAUUUGUUGAUUUUAAUUCACAAAUCUUUGAACCAUUCAAUAACCAUGAAAAUAAUUUUAUUGCUGAUGAGAAUUUUGAAGAUAAUAGUACAAGUAAUUUCGAUGAUUAUGAUCUGAAAACCAUUGUCCAAAAUAUGGGACUCGAUGAG